AUGGCUACUGAGAAAAUUAUCGGUACUACUGCGGCCGCUGCUGUCUCUGACAAACCAUUCAAGUUUGAGGGUUUUCACUUCAAACAUUGGCAAGUUAAGAUGAAAAUUUUCUUAACUUUAAAGAAGGCUGCCCACGUUCUGACUAAGGAUAUCCCUGUUGCUAAUUCUGGAUCACCUGAACAAACUAAUGGUAAGAACUCUACAAAUUCAGAUGGAACUCCUAAAACUGAUGAAUCUGCGAGUAAUCUACAGCUCAGGAAAGAAACCGACUUAUGGCAUGAGAGUGAUUAUCUCUGUAAAAAUCUCAUUUUGAAUAGUCUUGCUGACGAUAUGUACGAUUACUAUAGUAAUUGUAAGACUGCUAAACAGGUAUGGGAAGCUCUGCAGAAGAAGUAUGAUACUGAAGAAGCAUGUGCAAAGAAAUAUGUUGUCAGCCGCUACUUAAACUAUAAGAUGGUGGAUGAAAGGUCUGUGGAAGCUCAAAGCCACGAAAUUCAAAAAAUUGCUCAUGAAAUCAUAACUAAAGGUAUGCCACUCGAGGAACAAUUUCAAGUUGCUGUUAUAAUUGACAAAUUGCCCCCUGGUUGGAAAGAUUUCAAAAAUUUGCUUCAGCACAAAACAAAAGAGUUUUCAAUCGAGAGUCUGAUCACUCGCCUCCGAAUUGAAGAGGAAUCUAGGAGACAAGAUCAUAAAGAUGAAGUCUUAGUUUUUUUCUAA